AUGAAGUAUCUCGUCUUCGUUGCUCUCUUCGGAUGCACUAACGCCUUCCUCUUCUCGCUUCUCGGCGGAGGUGGCGGCGGUGGCUGCUGUGCCCCACCACCACCACCAUGUGGAGGAGGAUGCGGAGGUGGAGCUCCACCACCACCACCACCAGCUUCAGCUGGUUACGCGGUCGCCCCAGCCGCCUACGCCGCACCACCACCACCACCAGCAGGAGGAUACGCUCAAGCCGGAGGAUUCGGAGGAGCCGGAGGAUACGGAGGAGCCGGUGGAGCCUACCAAGCCCCAGCUAUCGGAGGAGGAGGCUCGUACGCCGGAGCCGGACAAGGAGGAUUCGGAGGAGCCCAACAAGGAGGAUACGCCGGAGCCGGACAAGGAGGAUUCGGAGGAGCCCAACAAGGAGGAUACGCCGGAGCCGGACAAGGAGGAUUCGGUGGAGCCCAACAAGGAGGAUACGCCGGAGCUCAACAAGGACCAAUCGGAGGAGGAGCCGGAGGAUACCAACAAGGACCAGCUGUCGGAGGAGGACAAGGAGGAUACCAAGGAGGACCAGCCCCAGCUGCCGGAGGAUACCAACAAGGAGGAUCCGUCGGAGGAGGAGCCGGAUACCAAGGGCCAGCCCCAGCCGCCGGAGGAUACCAACAACAAGCCCAAGCCGUUGUCUCCGAGGGACAACAAGGUUACCAACAACAGGCCCCACAACAGCCAGCUCCAGCUGCCAGCUACGGAGAGCAAGCCUCAGUCGCUCAACCAGCUCCAGUUGCCUCGUACGGAGAGCAAGCACCAGCUCAGCCAGCUCCAGUCGCCAGCUACGGAGAGCAAGCUCCAGCCCAGACUCAAGAGACCGUUCAACAGACCUUCGAGUCCGCUCCAGCACCAGCUCAGCCAGCCGCCGAGUACGGAGCCCAACAGCCAGCCACCACUGAGCAAGUUGUUGAGACCUCUGCCUCCGGAUACAGAAAGUUCCAUCUUAAGAAGGCUGCUAAGGCUUAG